AUCCAUUUUCAUAUUACUAGACGUCACGUCUUACACCCAUCAAAUACCAAACACAGCAACUCGCUGCAUAAAAGUGCAGUAUAAAAAGCGUUUCUUGCUCGCUUUGCUCACAAUAGUUAAUGUAUCCGUUGACUGCCUCAGACACGCAAACAUGAACUGUCCCUUGAACAUGCUUGUGUUUCCAAUCACCAUCGUUUUGGUCGUUAUUAGCGGUACUCACGCAGCUUCCCUAAAUACUGGAAAAGCAUUUCAAAGUUAUGUUCAAACUAACAAUAUUCCGAUACAAGUUAAUGAAGCGAUUACUGAAAGAGCAAAACCACGAACAGUUGCCGACGCCAUGCUUAUUACAGAACCGAUUCAAAAACCUCUUAAGGAUCCACGUCUGUUUGUUCUAUGGUGGUCUACUUUAACACAAUCUAUUCUGCAAUUGUUACGAGAACGUACUUCGACCACUACUUCAAAUCUCAACCAAACUUUCAUCGCUACUACUCCUUUUCCAGUUUUCCAAACGGAUGACCCCACUCAUAACGUAAAUGACGUUGCAGCUGGACUAGAUACGAUAAUUGUUGAUGCACCACCUGUAUUUGAUUCAAUGCCAUUGGAAUAGUAAAUGGGAAUAACUUGGAACUGCAUUUAAUAUACUGUUUAACCAAUCGCAA